GAGAAGAAGGGAAGAGAGGGAGACAGAGACAAAGGAGGGGGAGACAGGGCUAGGGGAGGAGAGAGCAGCGAGAGACUGGGCUGCUGCUGCUGCUGGGAGAGGGGGGCACACAGACGGAGGGGGGAGGGGAAAAGCCAUUUGGAGAAAUAAUCUUAGAGACAGGCGGACCACAGAGGGAAGCAGAGCCAGCAUCACCAGAGUCCCUCCCCACAUCCCCUCCCCCUGCUGCACAAUGCAUCGAACCAUGCGGAUCAAAAUGACUGAGCUCAACCCGCACCUUAUGUGUGCCCUGUGUGGGGGAUACUUUAUUGACGCAGCCACCAUUGUAGAGUGCCUCCAUUCCUUCUGCAAGACUUGUAUCCUGCGCUACUUAGAAGCUCACAAAUUCUGCCCCAUGUGUGACUCCCAGGUGCACAAAGGACGCCCCCUUCUUAGCAUCAGGUCAGACAAAACAUUGCAAGAUAUUGUAUAUAAGCUUGUUCCAGGACUCUUCAGAGAUGAGAUGAAGCGGCGACGGGAUUUCUAUGCCUCGUACGCACGUACAGAUGCUAACAGUGCCUCCAGCACUGAGCAAGGAGAAAAAGCCUCUGAGAGUGGAGAGAUGCUGGUACAGGAGGAGGAGAAUAUCAGUCUGUCUAUCCAGUUCUCAGAAGAUGCCCGAGAUGAAACACGGGAUUCAGUGGAAAGUGAAGAUUUAGAGAAGAGGAACAGUCUUCGGUUCCUGCGAUGUCCCGCAGCCAUGACCAUAACGCACCUUGCUAAAUUCUUAAGGAACAAGAUGGAUGUUCCAAGCAAGUACAAGGUGGAGAUUCUGUAUGAGGAGGAGCCAUUGAAGGAUUACUACACACUAAUGGACAUUGCGUACAUAUAUCCCUGGGGACGGACUGGUCCACUCCCUCUCAAGUAUCGAGUGCAACCAACCUGCAAGAGGUUACGAUUCAGCCGUCCAAGGAGCCUACAGGAGCCAAGCCGUGGAGUAACAUCAGAAGGGGAUUCCACCAGUGACAAGGCCAGCAGCCCAGCGCCAAUUCCCUCUACCUCCUCCUCCCUUCCUAGCCCUGCAACUCCUGGCCAGAGCUCUCCAAACCCCAACAAUGAACUUCCCCCUGCAUCUGCCCUCCUCAAUGGGCACUCUGCCAGCCGAGGGCGUAAAGUUACUCUGAAUGGGGUUCCUGGGCCACCCCUCACCUGAAAAAGUGUAUAUCCAGAGCCUUUUAUACAUAUGUAUAUAGGAAAAAAAGGACUUUUUUAUUUUCUAUGGACAAAACAAGAGUAAUUUAAUCCCUCCUACCCAAAAUCUUUUUGUAAAGUUUCUUAUUAUAAUUUAUAAGAGGGUAGGGGUGAUGCAGCACAUUCUAGCUUGAAUGCAGCUUCUCCCUGUCUGUUUAACUGCAGUUUAAUCUCCCACCUUCUCAUAUGUUUGUACUUUGAAUGAAGGCACAGUAUAAACAGUGGGCUAGGGAUGAGGAAUCCCUACUGGAUCUUUCCGUUUCCAAGAGACCUUUCUACAGCGUGGUUAAAUUAUUUUAAUUGUUUGGACUUUGAACAGGAUUAGAAAGUACAAUGACCGGAGGUCUUGUUUAAUGCUGGCCAUUUAUGUACAGUGUGCACUCCAGGGGGCUGUACUUUGUUUGCUGCUCUACUGAAUGUAUAUUUUACAAGUGCCCUCCAUUAAAAUAGAAAUUGGUCACCACAAUAUUAUGGCACAAAAGGCCCAUCCCCUUUUUCAUACUAACCGCCAAACAUUUUGUGUCCAUGGUGUGGGUGGGAUUUUAGGGUUGUGGGGUGUCUCUUUCUGUGAAUAUUAAUAAAGACAUUCAAAAUAG